AUGACGUCGAAAACCAAAGCGACCCCUUUGACCAUAGUCAUCAAACUUGGUACCUCUUCCAUCGUCUCUCCCGAAUACCCAUUCUUGCCCCACCUUCAACUACUUUCAUCUAUCGUCGAGACGGUCGUGAGUCUCAGAGCACAGGGUCAUAGAGUCGUAUUGGUCAGUUCGGGUGCUAUAGGAGUGGGAUUGAGGAGGAUGGAUCUGAGAGGUAGAGGGAAAGGAUUGAGUCAGAAACAGGCACUGGCAGCAAUUGGUCAAGGUCGACUGAUAGCAUUAUGGGAUAACUUGUUCUCGCAAUUGGAUCAACCUAUAGCUCAGAUAUUAUUAACUAGAAUGGAUAUAUCUGAUAGAACAAGAUACCUCAAUGCUCAAAAUACAUUCUCGGAACUACUUCAGAUGGGUGUGGUACCAAUUGUUAAUGAAAAUGAUACUGUAUCUGUUACUGAAAUCAAAUUCGGUGACAAUGAUACGUUAUCUGCUAUUUCAUCUGCAAUCGUUCAUGCGGAUUAUCUUUUCUUAUUGACAGAUGUGGAGUGCUUGUAUACGGAUAAUCCAAGGAAUAAUCCGGAUGCUAAGCCUGUGAGGGUAGUGAGGGAUAUUGAGAAGGUCAAACAGCAAGUCUCCACAGCAACACUUGGAACGUCACUCGGUACGGGAGGGAUGUCAACGAAACUUAUAGCUGCUGAACUGGCGACUGCUGCUGGGACGACUACCGUGAUCAUGCAUUCGGGUAAUGUUAAGGAUAUAUUCCACGUGAUUGAGCGUGGAGCAGGACCAAGUAGGGAUAUAUCUGAGACACCUGCUUUGGAGGAGGGUCCGUUAUGUACGAGAUUCCUGAGGAGAGACAGAGCUCUGAAAGAUCGAAAAUGGUGGAUAGCCCAUGGAUUACAUUCAGCAGGUACGAUAACCAUCGACGAAGGUGCCUAUAGGGCUAUACAGAGGAAAGAGUCGGGAGGUCGUCUUUUACCAGCAGGAGUCAUCAAGGUUGAAGGUCCCUUUGCAUCUCAUCAAGCAGUUAGAUUAGUCGUCAGACGUAAGAAGAGAGAUCCUUCUUCUUCUUCGAAAGGUAAAACUGGAGAUCCCAGCACCAUCAUCACCAAUCCUGUAUCUAGGAAUUCGAUCGAUGAAAGUACGAAUUCGAGUCCUACACCUGCAAACACAUCCAAAAUCCCUAAUGACAACUCCUCGUAUCCUGUGACAUUGGCUUCACCUGCAUUGAAACAUCUUACGAAUGCUCAACCUGAUACACCCCUUAUACAACCCAUCUUAUCGCUUUCUUCGUCCGUAGCUUCUUUAGAUCCAUUAUCGAAAUCUGGUCCUUCGUCUCCUUCGCCUUCAUCUGCGAUUAAUGCUAUCGCUGAAAAGCUGAAUAACGUCACUUUGACGCAAAUGCAAUCGCAGAACAGGGAUACGAUAGCAGAAGAAGAAGAAGAAGGAUGGGAAGAGGUUGAGAUUGGAAAAGGAUUGGCGCAGUAUAACAGUGUUGAGAUUGACAGAAUCAAAGGUAUUAAAAGCGCACAUAUAGAGAAUGUUUUGGGUUAUAGUGAAUCUGAACAUGUAGUUGAUUCGAUAACGUUUUUGUGA